AACUCAGAACUGAAAAUUGUGAAUUUCCUCUUUCUUAUCCACUUUAUCUCCCUCAAGAAUGGCGUCUUCUUCUUCUUCUCCAUCAGUACUUCCAUCUCUUACCUCCACUCUCUCUUCUUCUAAACCUUCAAUACCCUUCAACUUCAAAGGUUUCACCAAAAGGGUCAACAAUUCUGGGCAAAUCUUGAAAGCCCAAACUCUAGAAUUUUCGGGCUCGUUUUUCGAGGGUGGAUUUGGAGGAGGAAAUGCUGAUGAACCACCGACUACACCAUGGUCGGGUAUUUCUGCAGUUGAAGAUAAAGAGGAACCGCAGUGUCCACCUGGGUUACGCCCUUAUGAAACAAUGGUGGUAUUGAGACCUGAUAUGUCUGAAGAUGAAAGACUUGCUCUUACCCAGAAAUACGAAGAGUUGCUGGUUGCUGGUGGUGGUAUGUAUGUGGAAGUCUUCAACCGAGGGGUUAUUCCACUUGCAUACAGCAUUAGGAGGAAAAACAAAGCUGGAGAGACAAAUACGUACUUGGACGGUAUCUACCUCCUGUUCACUUAUUUUACUAAACCUGAAUCCAUUGUAGCUCUUGAGGCAACAUUGGUAGCUGAUGAUGAUGUUAUCCGGUCGUCCACUUUCAAGAUUAGGAAAAGAAAAUACUAGUUUGGUUGGUUAGUUUAAUUUGUGUAUCUGUUCAGUUGUAAAAGACGAUAACAGAGAGCAGGCAAGUUUUCCUCAUCGCGCCUUUCAGAUGUUUAAGUCAUGACAGUCCUUUUCACAGCAAAACAGUAUCAAUUUGUAACAUUCUUUUAUAUUACUGAAAGUUGCCAUUACAUUCUGCUCAAGUAUCCUCCAAUUUGGCUCUUAAAUAUAAUAUAUAAUAGUAGCAUUAUUGAGCA